CUAUAUGUUCAGAAAAUGGAGCAGGAGGCCUUGGCGCGGGAGCUUUCCAAGCAGCGAGCGCUGGACGCGGAGCGGGAGCGCGUAGCCGAGAUGCAGCGACGGCAGCGGGAGCAGGAGCAGUUCAGUGCCUUUGAGGAGAUGAUCCGCCGCCAGGAGCUGGAGAAGGAGCGCCAGCGUGUGCUGCUGGAGUUCGCCACGCCCACCGCACCUUCCCCUGACAUGCCCCUCCUUCCAGGCAUCCAGGGGCCCCCGCAGGUCUCCCCCACCCCGCCGCAGAGCCCGGGGGACCUGUCCGGCAGCACCAACCACCAAUACAAUCCUCCUCCUGCCACCAUCAGCACACCUGCCAGCGGCCCGCCCACCUUCGACCGCUCGCUCAAGCCCGGGUCUCUGACCAGCCCCGGGAACAACAAUACGAUGGUGGACGCCCUCCGGCAGUUGGCCGUUCCCGCUGAGCUGUGCCGGAGCUUUCUGCGGCUGGCCGAAGCCAACACGAGCCGAGCUGUAGAGACUUGCGGCAUCCUGUGUGGCAGACUGGUAAGACUCUGUUGAACCAGCAGCACCGAAUCCCCCUUCUUA